UGACUUUGCGUGUUCAAAAUGCCUCCCAAAACUAGAUCUAUCUUUGGAAGACUACAUUUCCUCAAAAAGGUCUUGAUCCUAGGCAUCUUCGGCGUACUCGGUCCAUGCUCAAUAUUCUCUGCUUUACUUCACACGACUUUGUUAUCUUACUACUGCCAGGAAGAAUGCAGUGUCAGGCUGUGGGCAGACCCAAUUCCACCAGAAGACAGCCAUAUAGUCUCCUUCAUACGUCGUAAUGUUUUGGAUGGUCCACAGGAGCAUGUGUUGUACCCUGUAACGAAGAGUGACCUUGAAGGUGUGCCGUGGAGAAAAGUUAAUGAAUGGUACCGUAUUCUAGCAGUCAUCCAAAGAACAUUUGCCAAUUUGAGAGGUGGAAUAUUUGUUGAAGUGGGUGCAGCUGAUGGAGUAUUCCUGUCUUUAACAUCUUGGUUAGAAGAGGAGAUGAACUGGUCAGGUCUUCUAAUUGAACCACGCUUGCAAGCGUACCAGGAAAUGAGAAGACGUAGAAAAGCAGCAGCAGCUCAGGUGUGUGUGUCCGAUGUGCACUACAACAAAAAGGAAUUGUUUUGGCAGCCAAAGGAAACUGAAUACAUUCAUAGCACAUUUCAGAAGAUAGCAGAAGGCAAAUCUACCCUUCUUCAAUAUGUUGCUAAAGAGGAUCAAGCACUGGGUUAAAAUCAUCUCUGUGCCAUGCUUUACUUUAGAUGCACUCCUCCUUGCAGCCAAUAUUAUUGAAACAAAACGAAUUGAUUUUCUAGUCGUACAUACUAUGGGUGGAGAAGAUGAUAUUCUUGACAAAUUAACCAGAAGAGAGAUUUUAAUGCUCCUUGUUCACACCAGAGAGAAAGACACAGCUGUUUUGAAUGCACAAAAGCUUAACCUGAAGUUAUAUGACGAGGUUCCAAAUGGUAUUAGCGAUUUUUAUUUCUUUAUAAAUUUAAAAGUUGAUGUUAUAAAACAGAAGAAACCAUAAUAUAAGUUUUCAGUCAUAAAGUAAUAAGCUUUUAAAAGAUGGAGUUAGUGUAGUAAGCCAAUGUCUAACGCAGCUUGGCGAUCUGUUCCCAGCCAAGCGUUGCUAACUGAAAAUUGCCAGUAAUUAUGGUAAUAUAUGCAGUUUAGGACGCAAGUGCCAAUAAAUUGCUUGUUGGCACCAUUAAUCGCUUACCGGUGCUGAUAAAUCACUUACCAAUGCCAAAAAUCUGGUUAACGGCAUUGUUAGCCAAGCCCCAUAAAACCAGAACCCCGUUAACCGACGCCACCAUGCCUGUACACUAUUUUCUCCUAUAGGAAGGAAGUUGCUGAACUGCAUUUAGUUUGGAAGGAUUAAUCCCUGAGAACCAGCCCGAGAAGAGUCUACUUGAGACUCGGCGGUCUGGAAAAACUAAGCCCUAUUAAUAAUAAUAAUCUGAUACUCUGGACAUGGUUCAUAUCCUGGUAUCAACCUCAAGAGUUACUUCAUAUUCUUGUAUUUAGAUCCAAGAUUAUUGGGAUGACAGGCGUAUUCAAAAAGUGUGAAGAAUUCAAGAAGUAAAGAGUACAUUUUGGUUAUUACCAUUAUGUAUUUUGUAACAAAUGACUAUAUUCUGUUUUUUCCAUCUGUCCACCCGCCUGUGGUGUUUGCGUAUGGUAACACUGUGUCCCGGGCUUUUAGAUAAGUUACGUUCAGCUUAC